UCUAGCUUGAUGCUGUUUGACAACAGGAGAAGCUGACAGCCGAAGAAGCGACAGGUGAAUGAUUUACAACAUCCAAAUUUCACCUGUCCAGCACUUCAUCAUAUUAAUGAAACCAAAACCGAUCCUGUUCGUCUGUUUGCGGCUUUGGGCCUCCAUCUAAAAUUAACAUAUUGUUGCCUAAAGAGUUGCCAAAAGGAGUAACCCGCUACGGAGGAGCCUUGAUUAGCAGGUCAGUCGCAGGUAGAGCAGCAUCAUCGAAGCAGGAAGCAUGUUGUCGGGGGAGGAGAUCCUGUGCAGCACGCAGCAGGUGAUCGCAGGGCUGGAAGCUCUGAAAGGGGAGAACCACAGUUUGCUGGACGACCUGCAGGAGGCGAUGGAGAGCCACCCGGCGUCUCACGGCGGCGGCGGCGGCGGUGGCGUGGAGCAGGAGAAGAGCAGCAUCAUCCGACAGUCGCUGGAGAGGAUCGAGCUGGGGCUGAGCGAGGCACAAGUGAUGAUGGCUCUGUCGUCUCAUCUUGGCUCACUGGAAGCAGAGAAGCAAAAGUUACGAGCUCAGGUGCGCCGUCUCGUUCAGGAGAACCAGUGGCUGAGGGACGAACUCGCCGGCGCUCAGCAGCGGCUGCAGGACAAGGAGCAGGAGGUCGUGACCCUGGAGGAGCAGAACAAACACCUGCAGUUCAUGUCCUCCAUACGCAAAUACGACCAGGAUGAGCCGCCUCUGGAUGAGAAAGAAACUUCCUCCAACAAGGAGUCUCUGGAUGAUUUGUUUCCUGCUGAAGAUGAGGAACCGUCCCAGAUUUCCCAGCCUCAUCACAGCAGCGCGGCGGUGGCGGCCCAGCAGGGCGGCUACGAGAUCCCCGCCCGCCUCCGAACGCUCCACAACCUGGUCAUCCAGUACGCGUCUCAAGGUCGCUACGAGGUCGCCGUGCCGCUCUGCAAACAGGCUCUGGAAGACCUGGAGAAGUCCUCCGGCCACACACACCCAGACGUAGCAACCAUGCUCAACAUCCUGGCUCUGGUGUACAGAGAUCAGAACAAGUAUAAAGAGGCAGCGAACCUGCUGAACGAUGCGUUGGCGAUCAGAGAGAAAACUCUUGGCAUGGAUCAUCCGGCUGUGGCAGCUACACUGAACAACCUGGCUGUGCUUUAUGGUAAAAGAGGAAAAUACAAAGAAGCGGAGCCGCUUUGUAAACGAGCGCUGGAGAUCCGAGAGAAAGUUCUGGGUACGGACCAUCCCGACGUGGCCAAGCAACUCAACAACCUGGCGCUGCUGUGCCAGAACCAGGGGAAGUACCAGGAAGUGGAGCAGUACUACGAACGUGCUCUGCACAUCUACCAGAGCAAACUGGGACCGGACGACGCCAACGUAGCGAAAACCAAGAACAACCUGGCGUCAUGUUAUCUGAAACAGGGAAAAUACAGACAAGCGGAAGCGCUUUACAAAGAGAUUCUGACCAGAGCUCAUGAAAAAGAAUUUGGAUCUGUGGAAGGAGACGGCCGUCCCCGCUGGUCCAACAUGGAGGACGGUGGCGCCGCGCAGGAUGGACUGAAGCGCAGCAGCUCCUUCACCAAACUCCGGGAGUCGAUACGCCGGAGCAGCGAGAAGCUGGUCCGCAAGCUAAAAGGAGUCGGGAUGGAGGAGGUGACCCCGAGGAAUGCUGGGAUGAAGAGGGCAAACUCUCUGAACGUGUUGAACGUUGGAGCCAGAGAAAAUCUCAUUGGCACCCAGUCCAGCCACCUGGUGGACAGUCGAGGCCUGAGCUGCAGCACGCAGAGCCUGAACAGACGGGGAUCGCUCGGUGGGACCAGCUAACACGCAAAUAACACAAAUCAUUUAAAUACAAGAAAAACUGAUGGAUUGUUUAAAAACUGGACUCAAAAAUGCUGCUGUGAAUCAGCAUCAAGAGGAUUCCCCAUCGUGAGUCUCCAAAAGAUGGUUGCUGCAAAGUGGGGGUCAAAGGUCAAAUUUGACUGUAGGAGAGUUAUCUUGACCAGCAACAAGGUUUAAGACUGUCUGCAACAUUUCCUUUUCUUGCUCCUGUUUUCUGAAUUGUGAGAAUCAAGUUUAACAAUUUUUAACGCUAAAUCUU